AUGAUAAAAGGUAAUAAUGUUGUAAUUAUUGGUGUUGGUUUUAGAUUUUUAAAAAACAAUACAUAUAUAAAUAAUAUUAAUGAAUUAUUGGAAAACAAAAUUCAAAAUGAACUAAAAGAAAUUAAGUCAUCAGAUUCAAUUUCAAAUGAAAUUAAAGAAUUUGAUUCUUCUUUAUUUUUCAAAUUAGAUGAGAGUAAAGAUAAGAUUAGUGAAAAACAAAUCCUCCUUUUGAAAUGUAUUUGGGAAUCAAUGGAAAAUGCAAAUAUUGAUCCAACCAAUUUACAAACUUCAAUUAAAACUUCGGUUUUGAUUGGCUCAGAUCAAUAUGAACCAGGAAUGCCAGAUUCGAUAAGAGUCUCUCAAGCAUUCAAUUUGAAAGGUGAAUGCUUAACUAACAAUGGUGUUGGUUCGAUUGUUGCCUCAUUAAAAUUUGGUUAUAAGUCUAUAUUUUUUGGUGACUCAAAAAUUGCAAUCAUUGGAGGUUCAAAUAGAAAUAAAAAUGGUGAAAUUGAACAAGUUGGUGCAUUUAUUUUAAAGGGUUUGGAAGAUGCAAUCGCUGAUAAUGAUAAUAUUUAUUGUUCAGUAAGAGAUAUUAAUGAAAUAUCCGAUUUAGAAAUUCCAAGAACUGAUAAUAGAUAUUCCGUUAAUAAAAUCUCUGAAUCUGUUGGUAUCAUAUCAAUGAUUAAAUCAUUUUUAAAAUUUGAAAAUAUCUCAAAAAGUAAAUUAAUUUUCAAUACAAUUGUUUAUGGUCCUUAUCAUUCACCUAGUUUCAUUUUUUCAAAACAUUUUGAAAAUAAUUAUAAUAAUAAUAAAGAAAUUAUUUAUAACAAAAACAUUUCAAGAGAAGAAGAUCAACCAUCGCCAUCAUUAAUUUAUAAAGUUGAAAGUCAAAAUUAUUUAAUUCCAUUCUCUGCAAAUUCUAUAAAUUCUUUAAAAAAAGUACAAUCAAUUAUAAUUGAAGAUAAAAACAAUGAAUUUCAAUCAACCAUACCAUUUAAAGAUUUUGUAAAACAUCAAAUUAAUUCAAGAUCAAUUAAAUUAAAAUCAAAAUCAAUAAUUAUUGCAAAGGAUUGGGAUGAAUUAAAGAAUAUUCAAACUUCAAUUAAUUAUUCACCAAUUUUAAAUUAUAGUAAUAAUAAUAAUAAUAUUAAUGAUGAUGAAUCUGUAAAUGUAUUUGUAUUUUGUGGUCAAGGUCCACAAUAUAUUACAAUGAUGGAUGAUUUGUAUAAUAAUGAAGUUUUUUUUAAGAAAUCAGCAGAUUUAAUUAAUGAAAAAUUAAUUAAAUAUUUAGGAUUUUCACCAUUAGAAAAAUUAAAAUCAAUUGCUGAUUGUUCAAAUUUAAUUAAUGAAUCAACAAUUUCACAACCUUUAUUAUUUAUUUUUAAUAUUUCAUUAUUUGAAUUAUAUAAACAUUGGGGUAUUAAACCAUCAAUUAUUGUAGGUCAUUGUAUUGGUGAAGUUUUCGCUGCCUAUUGUUCUGGUAUGUUUGACUUAGAAACUGCAUGUUUAUUAGUAUCCCAAAGAGGAAUUGCACAGGAUUCAACCAAUGGUAUUGGUAAAAUGUUAUCUUUAUCAAUUGGAAAGAAUGAAUAUCAAUCUAUUAUUCCAAUUGAAAAUUAUCCAAAUGUGGAAUUUAGUUGUUUCAAUUCACCAAAUUCUAUCGUUAUUGGUGGACCUGAACAUGAUCUAAACGAAAUAUCUAAAAUCUUAUUAAACAAUGGUGUAACAGCAACUAUGUUAAGUUCACUUGCAUCUUGUCAUACAUCAAGUCAAAAUAAAACAAGAGAACAUCUUACAAAUUUAAAAUUUAAACAUCAACAACCAAUAGUUCCAACUUUUUCAACAGUUAAUACAAAACUUUUCGAUAACGAAUCAACAAAAUUCGAUUCAACUCAUUUAUUCAAUUGUAUUGCACUUCCUGUUUAUUUUGAUGAAACAAUUUCAAACAUUUAUAAAUAUAUUGAAGAUAAUCAAUUAGGUUCAAAAGUUACAUUCUUUGAAAUGGCACCACAUCCAUCAUUAUCAAAUUAUUUAAAGGAAAUGAUACCAAUCUCUUCUAAAUACUUUAAUGAUGGUGAUUCAGUUUCAGUAUAUUCACCAUGUCAUAAAAGGAAAAAUCACCAUCAAGAGUUUCAAAAAACUUUAAUUGAUUUAUAUCUCAAUAAUUUUAAUAUUGAUUUUAAUUGUCAAUUUGGUGGGGAAAAUAGAUAUGAUAAAAGUUUCAAGAAAAAUACAACCAAAUUACCAUUUUAUCAAUGGUGUGAUAAAUCAAUCGAAAUCAAUGAAUCAUCCAAAGAUGAUAGUAAUAUAACAUUUGAACAAUUAUUCUUUAAAAAAUCUGCUCAAUUUAUAAAAUUCAGUGAUGAAUCAUUAAUUGAUAGGAAUGAAAGAUUAAUUAGAUAUGGUGCAGACUCAUUAAUUAUUGUUCAAAUUAAGAAUUGGGUUGAUAGAUAUUUAAAGGUUAAAAAUUUAGUUACAAUUCAACAACUUCAAAAUAAUUCAAUCAAUGAUUCUAUUAUAUUAAUUGAACAAAAGUAUAAAGAGUUUUUAGAUGGUAAAUUAAUUUCAAAAUUAGAGAUGACCAAAGAAGAAAGAAAACAAUUUUGGGAGAAUGAAAUGAAAUUGGAUCCAUCAAUUCAACAUUUAAAAAUUGUUAAAGAAAAUGAUAAAAGAGUUUUCAUAACUGGUACAACAGGAUUUUUAGGAGCUCAUAUGUUGGUACAUUUAUUAAAAUUAUCAAAUUGUUCAGUUACUUAUUGUCUCUUAAGAAAUAAAUCCAAUUCGACAAAUCCAAUCAAUGAAAUUAUUAAUAAUUUAAAACAUCAUAAAGUUUAUGAUCAAUUGAAUCAAAUUCAACUUUCAAAGAUUGUACCAGUUAUUGGUGAUUUAGCAAAGGCUAGAUUGGGUUUAUCAGAUAAAGAUUAUUCACUGAUUGCAAACAAUGCGAAUUUAAUUAUAAACUCUGGUGCUGAUUUAAAUUUAGAAUCUGAUUAUAACUCUAAUAAACCUGUCAAUGUUGAUGGUAUAGUUGAGAUUAUUAAAUUAUCAAUCUCUGAUCAUAUCAAUGGAAUUCAAAAACCAAUUGUAAACUUUUCAACUUUUACAGUAUUUAUAAAUCAAUCUCUAAAUGGUGAAGAAUUUGAUGAAUCUAUUUUACCAUCAUUAGAUAAUAUUGAUAAUUUACCAGCUGGCUAUAUGCAAAGUAAAGUGGUUGGAGAGUAUUUAUUAAUUGAAGCUGCAAGAAGAGGUAUUCCAUCAAUGUUAAUUAGACCACCUUCAAUCUUUUCUCAUCCAGAAACUGGUGUUGGACUUUCAAGUGAUUUCUUUCAACUUUCAGUUCAAUGUUGUUAUGCAACUGGCUAUUAUCCAGAUGUUGAUAUGAAAGUAUUAUUAACUCCUGUUGAUUGGGUCUCUGAUAAUACAAUGAAUUUAAUAUUAACAGACAAAUGUUGGGAUGAAUCAAAUCAUGGAAAAUUAAAUAUUUACAAUGUCUAUGGUGAUAUUACUGCUCCAAAAGAUAUCUAUGGUCCAAUGAAUAAAAUUUAUAAUUGUAAACCAAUCGCCUUUGGAAAAUGGAGACAAAUGAUCAUGGAUUCUGAUGUUUUAUCAUGUGUUAAAUUCCGUUCUUUCCAUUCAAUGGAUUUCCAUGAAAAACAUAAUAUUGAUAAAGGUUUAAACCUUUCAAAGAGAACUAAAAAUUUGCUCAAGUCAAUUGGUUCUUAUAACGAAAAUUGGAAAGUAAAUGAAAAAAUGAUAAUUAGUCAUAUUAAUUAUAUUUUUAAUAACAAUAAUUAA